AUGUCAAUACUUCCCCCGGAUCUCAUCACCGAAAUACUUUUUCUACUUCCCGUCAAAUCUCUAGUACGUUUUCAGUGCGUUUCCAAGCCAUGGUUAGCUUUAAUCGAAGAUCCAGAUUUCAUCAAGAAGCAGAUCGACACGAAUAAAGAACGCAGUUUCAUUGUGGAGACAUGUAUGUGCUGGGGGUAUGCGCAUCCAAAGGAUUACUACUUGGUAAAAGUUUCCAACGAGAAUGUGUUUGGCGAGCCCGAGAAGAUGUUAAUCCCACGAUUCAAUCCUUCAGAAAAGCUCAGGUGCAUCCGCAUCUCAAUAUUAGGCUCUUGCAACGGCUUAGUUUGCAUCCGAAACGACAUAUUUGAAAUUGUGAUUUGCAACCCAUCAAUACAAAAACACAAGAAAAUACCCUUUGAGCCUGUAGACGACAACAACAACAAGCUGGUACUCGAUUUAAACGACGGAUUCAGUUUUGGAUUCGGGUAUGACGCUGUCAACAACGAUUUCAAAGUUUUAAGGAUUGUGGGAUUUUGGGAAUCCUCUGAAAUGUUUAGGACUCCUCCAACGGAUGUUGAAGUUAAGAUAUUUAGUCUGAAAGCAAAUUCUUGGAGAAGAGUAGAAGAUCAAUGGCCUUACAAGGAGUUACUUAUUGUUUCUUACCAUUGGGCUUUCAUAAAUGGUGCAUUCCAUUGGUUGGCUCAGAGUGCAACUGGAGCAUACACUCUUCUCGCAUUCGAUCUUACCACUGAGAAAUUCAGAGUGCAAAUGCUUCCGUUCGAUAUCCUUUCGAUUGCAGAUUUUGACGUUUUGGGAGGAUCGCUAUGUGUUGCUUUGCAUGGUGAGGCAGGAGACUGUGAAGUUUGGACGAUGAAGGAGUACGGGGUGGAGAGCAGUUGGAGUCGGCUUUGGAAGCUGCCCGAGGCUCCCUGGCAAAUUGGUUUAUUACUUGUCCUUUCAAAGGACAACAAAAAGGCUCUAACGAAAGACGAGCUUAUGAGAAUCUUGUGGUAUGACAUACAAAAAAAGACAUACGAGAUUGUUGAGAAUGAUCAUCUUGAUAUUCUCAAGAACAUUUGGACGAUGCCUUAUGUGGAAAGCCUUUUUCUUCAGGAUGGUGACAGUGACAAUUGA